AUGGCUUGUAAUCAUUUAAUUCUGUUUGUUGGUUGUCUUCUUCAUCUGGCCUUGUCUCAAACUACAGUAUGCGAGAAUCGAAAAGCCGACGUUGUUUUCCUGCUGGAUUCGUCCGGGAGUGAGGGUAAGCCGAACUUCAACAAGCAGCUGGAGUUUGUGAAGAACAUCGUGAAGAAGUUCAACAUCGGGCCCGACGCCGUGCAGAUCGGCGCCGCCACCUUCUCGACGACGGUGAAGAAUGCUUUCUGGCUGAACCAGUACAAGACGAAGUCGCAGAUCCUGGCCGCCAUCAGCAACAUGUCCUAUGAUGCAGGCAACACCGAGACAAACCUAGCCCUGGCGUUUGCCAGAACUCAGAGUUUCACACCUGCACACGGCGCGAGGAAAGACGCCACCCAGAUCCUGGUCAUUAUGACGGACGGGCAGUCGUCGGAGAAGCCGAAGACAAUCGUUGAAGCACAUAAUUUGCAUGCUACCAAAGUCAGAGUGAUCUCCAUUGGCGUUGGAAAAAACAUUGAUAGCAACGAACUGAAUACGAUUGCCACUGAUAAGAAUCACGCCUUCACUGUGGCCAACUUCACAGCCUUGCAAACCAUCGAACACGAGGUGGUGAAAACCACAUGCCACACUGGAGAAUUAGUAUGCGAGAAUCGAAAAGCCGACGUUGUUUUCCUGCUGGAUUCGUCCGGGAGUGAGGGUAAGCCGAACUUCAACAAGCAGCUGGAAUUUGUGAAGAACAUCGUGAAGAAGUUCAACAUCGGGCCCGACGCCGUGCAGAUCGGCGCCGCCACCUUCUCGACGACGGUGAAGAAUGCUUUCUGGCUGAACCAGUACAAGACCAAGUCGCAGAUCCUGGCCGUCAUCAGCAACAUGUCCUAUGAUGCAGGCAACACCGAGACAAACCUAGCCCUGGCGUUUGCCAGAACUCAGAGUUUCACACCUGCACACGGCGCGAGGAAAGACGCCACCCAGAUCCUGGUCAUUAUGACGGACGGGCAGUCGUCGGAGAAGGCGAAGACCAUCGCGGAGGCACAUAAUAUGCACGCUACCAAAGUCAGAGUGAUCUCCAUUGGAGUAGGAAAAAACAUCGACGCCAACGAGCUGAAUACGAUUGCCACUGAUAAGAAUCACGCCUUCACUGUGGCCAACUUCACAGCCUUGCAAACCAUCGAAAACGAAGUGGUGAAAACCACAUGCCACUCUGGAGAAUUAGAAUGUAGGUCAGUUCCCGCAGACAUUGUAUUCUUACUGGAUGCUUCCGGAUCCGAAGGAACUUCAAAUUUCCAGAAACAAAUUGACUUUGUUCAUAACUUCGCCAAGCAGUUUAGCAUCGGUCCGAAUGCCGUUCAGAUUGGUGCUGUGACAUUUUCUAAUGGGCCUCACAACUCUUUCUAUCUUAAUGACCACAAAACCAAACCAGAUCUUCUCCAAGCAAUCAAACACAUCCACUACACGGGUGGGGGCACACAGACACACUUGGGUCUGAAAUUUGUACGGGAGAACAGUUUUUCACCGGCUCACGGCGCCAGAGGUCACGUGAGCCAGUUUCUGAUUGUCCUCACUGAUGGCAAUUCAGCAAAUUCCGGCGAGACUGCCAAAGAGGCGACCUUACUUCACAACACAGGGGUGAGGGUGAUUUCAAUAGGAAUAGGGUCAGGAAUCCGCAGCUCGGAACUCAAGAACAUUGCGUCCGAUAACAAGCACGUGUUCGCCGUGGGAAAUUUUGAUGCUCUGAAGACCAUUGAGAAGGAGAUACAUGCUAUAACAUGCACAGCUUGCCGCAACAAGCCAGCGGACAUCGUAUUUCUACUAGAUACAUCGGGAAGUGAAGGCCAGGCAAAUUUUCAAACUCAGCUAAAGUUUGUUGAAAAUUUUACCAAGGAUUUCAAAGUGGGGCCCAACGAAGUACAGUUCAGCGUGGUUACCUUCAGUUCGACCGUGAAGAACGAGUUCUGGCUGAACCAACACCAAGACAGAGCUAGCCUUAUAAAGGUAAGAGCCGUUCCAAAACUCAUAACACGGAAGGAGGAUAUGUUUUAUUUAACGACGCACUCAAUAAUAGGACUUAAGCUUCGUUAUUUUAGUAUCUUCACGCUGGUUUUCUCUCUCACACAGGCUAUGCAACAGAUAAAGUUCCGAAGCGGGAACACCCAGACAGACGACGGACUCAACUUUGUCCGUCUGAACAGUUUCCUGCCCUCACACGGGGGUCGUAACAACUCGCAGCAGAUUGUUAUUGUCUUGACGGACGGUCAGUCGACGGAAAAACCGCAAACAGCACACGAAGCGACAAAAAUGCAUUCAACGGGAGUCAAGGUCAUCUCAAUUGGAAUUGGUAACUCUGUUGACAAGACGGAGCUGUUGACUAUAGCGAGCGAGGACAAGUUCAUGUUCACCGUACCGUCAUUCGCUACAUUACACACCAUUGAAAACCGAAUUAAACAAACUGCUUGUGGUCCAUCGUCAGGAUGCAAAUCGGAUCCCGUAGAUCUAGUUUUCCUCUUAGAUUCUUCAUCAAGCGAAGGAAGACGAAAUUUUAAAACACAGCUUCAGUUCGUACGUAACUUCACGAGAGAUUUCGACAUUGGACCCUCUGCCGUGCAGGUGGGCGUUGUCACGUUCUCCACCCACGUGCAAAACCGAGUUUGGUUGAAUUCCUUUAGAAGUAAACGCGCCUUGAUGGAUGCCAUAGUUCGAAUUCCAUAUCAUUCUGGAGUCACCCAUACAGGAGAAGGUUUGCGGUUUGUUCGCCAAGUGGCUUUGAGUGCCGCUCAUGGCGCCAGACCUAACGCCAAGAAGGUUGUGAUCGUCCUGACUGACGGCCAGUCAUCACCGCGAGCCGAGACGCGGAUCGAGGCAGCCCUGCUCCACAAGACGGGGGCUCGGGUGAUCACCAUCGGCAUAGGCCACGGCGUUAACGUGCCCGAGCUGAAGAACAUCGCCACGGGCCAGCAGUCCGUCUUCCAAGUAUCAGGGUUUGACGCCCUCCACACCGUCGAGUCUGAAAUCAGAACGAAGACUUGCCAAAGUGUUACCACACCCUGCGCCUCUUCUACCGCCGACAUCGUCUUCCUGUUGGACUCGUCUGGCAGCGAGGGUCCCGCCAACUUCCAGAAACAACUCGGCUUCGUCGGCAACUUCAUCAAAGCCUUCAACAUCGGCCCCAAAGACGUCCAGUUCAGCGUGGUGACGUUUGCUUCCACUCCAAAGAACGAGUUCUACCUCAACUCCUUUUCCAGCAAGCCCGCCCUAUUGGCUGCUCUUCACAAUAUCAAAUAUAUCUCUGGUGGCACAAACACAGAUGGUGCCUUGAAAUUCGUUCGACAGAACAGUUUUACGGCUGCCCACGGAUCGAGACCAGGAGCAGCGAGAAUAUUAGUUGUACUGACCGAUGGUCAGUCAAACAGUAAAACUCAGACGAUUUCCGAGUCACAGCUUCUUCACCAAGCAGGGAUUGAGGUCAUGUCCAUAGGUAUUGGUAAUGGUGUCGACAAAGUAGAGCUGGGAGGAAUCGCCUCCGAUGCCAAACACACGUUCACCGUGGCCAACUUCAACGCUCUGAAAACGAUCCAACUCGAGCUGCAGAAGGUCGCUUGUAAUGUUCAACCAACUGGUGCACCCGUGACAACUACGCACGCUCCCAUAUGUGGCGUAACUGAAAAGGGAGACAUUGUAUUUAUCCUGGACUCGUCUGGUAGUGAAGGGCCAUCGAAUUUCCAGAAACAAAAAGUCUUUGUUGAGAAAUUCGUGCAUGAUUUCACCAUUGGACCAAAGAAUGUAAUGGUUGGACUCAUUCGAUUCUCAUCGAGCGCUGACAACCAGUUCUGGCUAAACCAGCACACGACGAAACAGCAGUUGGUGUACGCUGUACAACAAGUACCCUAUGCGUCAGGCUCCACGGCCACGGAUCUCGCGUUGCAAAUGGCCAGAACACAGUCGUUCACAGCAGCCCACGGCGCUCGACCAGGCGUCAAGAAAUAUGCUAUUGUUGUGACAGAUGGUGCCUCUCGAAACCAUGCACAGACCAUAGCAGAGGCUACGAAACUGAAACAUGCUGGCAUCAAUGUCAUUGCGAUUGGCGUGGGUUCGGGUAUCAAUCGGGCCGAGCUCCAGGGGAUGGCCACAGACAGUCACCACGUAUUCACUGUCACCAACUUCGAUUCACUGCAGACCAUCCACAAGGAAGUGCAGAAAAAGACAUGUGCACCAGCCUCUGGAUGAGUCAUGUGGAAGUUAUCUCUGGACAUCUGUAAAUAAAUAUAUUUCUUAAAUGAA